GCCCGACACACGGUCACAUGAUGACCGCGCGCUCACGGAUAUCGGGCGCUCGUGCCGUUGAACUUGUUGAACUUGUCCACAAACUACUCUCGGGGCAGCCCCGUUGUCACCUACGCGUUACUUGAGCACCAUUCAAAAUGCUCUCGUAUCAUGUUAGACUGUGGUCUCCCGCUACUGCACUAGUUGGCCUUGCUACAGCAGCCGUGGCGCUGCGGGUGUACCUGUCGUGGGCUGACAAGCGACGCAAUCGAGGCCGAAGCAAUAUUCGUGACACGCUGCCUCGCGACUUGAACACAUGGCGUUUAAUCGACAGUGUGGAAGAAGCUGGGCGCGUCUGGGAAGCUGUUCGGCUUGCCUUCGCCCACUCAGGUAUAUUUUUAUGGUCACCUGGGGGCUCUGCCUCAAGAGCCGAUCCAAACCAUACGAAACUUUCCAAUGGCUUUGCAUAUCUGACCCCGACGCGUGGUGAAGCAUGGCUGAGGAAUCUCGAGGAGUUCAGUUGCCACAAUGAACUCACGCGGGGUGGCACGACCGCUGAUGGGCUCCACGUAGUCAUACGAGUCGCGUCAAUAGGGGACGAAGGCAAACGACACGCAGAGAUCUUGCGUAAGCUUGCCCGUGGCACAAAAUGCCUGUUCAUGGACAAUCAUGUUGUCCCGCUCUGGCGGGAGGUCCAAUUCGAGGACAUUGGCUUCAUUGUAUCGCCCUUUGUGGCUCAUUCCAUGAAAGAUUGCUAUGGAUGGUGGGCGGAGAACUCCGUCGGAGACAUAGUUGACAUGAUACUCCAAGCACUAGAGGCAAUCGUUUUUGUACAUGACCUGGGUAUAGUGCAUAGAGAUCUGUGCAAGUCGAACUACGUGGUGCAGUGGCACCCGGAAUCCUUGAAGACCAACAAAGUGCCUCUCUGUCGUCCACGCGCAUUCCUCACCGAUUUCGAGAUGGCCUACGAGUUCCCUGCUGAGGUGGCAUCCGAAGAUCGCUUGCUGAUUGGGACCCCAAUCAAGGACUAUCAACGUCCAGUACCGCCAGAAAUCAGCUCUGGAGAGCCUUAUGAUCCGUUCAAAUCCGACGUAUGGCAGCUUGCAGAGAGCUUCUCGGAUUUCAGGGCGACGGUCUCCGAUAUCGAUGCAAUCCUUGGCCAGAUGUUCGAUACGGACGCUUCUCAGAGGCUAUCUGCAGUGGAAGCCCGCGACAAACUGGCUGCGGUAGUCCACAAUCUUCCCGCCGCCUCCCUUCUCAUUCCUCCGACGCUUGUGAAUUUCAGACGGUGGUGAUCUUAGAUGUUCCCGUGCGUAUAUGAUGCUGCCUGACUAUGAGCAUCUACUCCGUUGUGUCAUCAUGUUCUCCCUAUCUAGUCCGAGUCCGAGUCAGCCUCAUAAAGCUGCCGUUACUUCGAGUCACUUGGCUAGCAAGAGGCCCUGUCCUUCGGCGCUGUUGGCGAACCCGUUGUGUGCAAUCGUAGACUAUAGCUACGACUCAUCUAUGCUCUAUAUGUACCAGUCUCUCAGCGUAGAUAUGCAAGAACGUCCGACAGAACGGC